AUGAAUAACGAUAUAGGUGAAAACUCAUCGGAAAAUGAUAACAAUCACAGCAGAGACACCCAACAGGUAGAUCUAUUUAAUUUAAUUGGAGGAAGCUGGCCACCAGCACCGAAAGAGCCUGAGAAAAUUGAGUAUGGAUCAUUGCACAGAAAUUACAAAGGCACUAUGCAGCGACCUCAAACUGAGCGGAUCAAGUCUGUAAAUUUACUGGCUCAUUUAGCACCAGAAAGAAGACGCAAUAAACCUAAUUACAAUACACAAACACCUUCAGUCAGUGAAGACAUACAGCCAAAAAUGGUUCAUGAGCCAAAGAAGAUUGAAACUGGAAUUUUAGUUGAUAUUUGUAAUGCGGAAGCCGCUCCCGAAGAGUUGUAUGAUUCGCCUGCACUUGGGUCGCCUCGCGCGGCUCCACCGCAGUCUAAACCAUCACCAGUCCAUGUGCCGGAAGAUAUCGGAGUCGGAUCACUGGUGGAAGUCGCGACCGAUGUCGACCAGCAUUAUUACGGUGUAGUCAGAUGGAUAGGAGUUAUUGAUGACACAGCGACAGCAGGAGUGGAGCUAGAACAAAGCGUGUGCGGCCUGGGUGACGGGAGCCGCGGCGGCGCGCGCCUGUUCUCGUGUGCAGCGGGGCGCGCGCUGUUCGUGCCGCUGCCGCUGUGCCGCCGCGACGCGCGGUUUCGCGAUACACCGCCCCCUGACCGCAGCGAUGCUCAUGAUGCUGACCACUUUGACCAACCGGAAUGUCCUGUGGUACCAGGUGUGGUGCCCCCUCUGAACUCGCUCGGCGAGCUGGCUGGCAAGAACCGUGGUAUCCAAGGACACCAUAACUCAUGCUAUCUUGAUGCUACACUCUUUGCCAUGUUCACCUUCACAAGUGUUUUCGAUGCUCUUUUAUACCGUCCUCCCGAACCUGAAGAUUCUCCGCAUUAUUCCGAAGUACAACGUGUUCUGAGAGAAGAAAUUGUGAAUCCCCUUAGAAAGCAUGGGUAUGUGCGUGCUGAUAGAGUCAUGAAAUUACGUACAUUACUCGAAAGACUCUCUGACGUGCCUGGACUCACCUCUGAAGAAAAGGAUCCAGAAGAAUUCUUAAAUGGCCUAGUAGCGCAAUUGUUACGAGCUGAACCGUUCCUGAAACUGUCUUCGGGACAAGAAGCUUACUGCUAUCAACUUUUUGUAGAGAAAGAUGAACAUGUGUCAGUCCCGACUGUGCAGCAGCUUUUAGAACAGUCAUUUACAACAUCUGGAGUUAAACUUAGUGAGGUUCCAGCAGCAUUCAUCAUUCAAAUGCCACGGUUUGGCAAACAAUACAAAUUAUACCAAAAAGUAAUACCAUCACCCCUUUUAGAUGUCACAGAUUUAAUAGAAGGCUUGCCGCGGCAGUGCACGGUGUGCGGGUCGCUGGCGCGCUGGGAGUGCGCGGCGUGCGCCGGCUCCGCGCUGGAGGCCGGCGCGCUCUGCGACAACUGCCGCCGCGUCGCGCACGCCACGCGCCCGCACCACAAGGCUGUACCACUUACAAUAAAUGAAGAGUAUGCCAAUAUUCUGGAAUCGUGUCCAGUUCCGCGGGUAUACAUGGAACUGUUUGCUGUUCUAUGCAUUGAGACUAGUCACUAUGUUGCAUUCGUCAAGGCAGGAGUCGGUCAUGAUGCUCCUUGGUGCUUUUUUGAUUCAAUGGCAGAUAGAAAAGGAGAGCGCAACGGCUACAACAUUCCGGAGAUCGUGUGUAUCUCUGAGCUGGGCGCGUGGCUGGGCGAGGACGCGCGCGGCGCGACGCCCGACCGCGCGCUGCCGGCGCACGCGCGCCGCCUGCUGGCCGACGCCUACAUGUGCUUCUACCGCAGCCCCGACGUCGCCAUGUAUCGGUAG